AUGUUUAUUAGAGUAGAAGCUGUAAGACCUUAAUGGACUAAUUAAACAUAUAUAAACAGUUUAAAUGCUGGAAAUAAACUUUUAUUCUACUCUUCAAUGUUUGCUAUUUUCUGGAAUCUAGGUAUCCUACUAGAUUAGCUAUUCAGAAAUGCUGAUGUUAGAAAUAUCAUUAACUAAUUAGUUGGAAGAUUGGAUGACGGUUUUACAGCUUAACUAAGAGAUAAUGUAAUGAAUAACAUUCAAAGCCUGUAUUUAUUGGCUCAAACAGCGCCAGGAGCUUCUUGCAAAUCCCUUGGAAUAAGAGGGGGCAUUGCCCUUAGAAAAGUUAUAUCCUCUGUCAAAGCAACCAAUAAUUGCAACAUUAGUUUUUUCGGGUAUGAUCAACCAAACUGGUAUAAUAUCUCUUAUGGUUUUAUGGAAGGACUUUACAACUAAAAAUUAUAAAAUUGUCCAAAAUGUGCAUCAUUUGCCACAAAUGUUUAAGGAGUUAAUCGUGGAUAUGUUUAUAUCGUAGAAGUACGAGAUACAUGGAUUAAUAAAGAUGCAAUUCUGAAGCAAUCUAUUUUCAUUAUUCUGGCUUCACUAACUUCAAUAUUCCUAAUGUUCUUUGAUUUCUACAUUAAUCUUGAUAGAGUGUUUCAAGAUGAAACAAUAAUGUCGAUACCCAAUACUAUAGUUACGAUGUUAAGUGACCCUUUGAAUCAACCCAUAGUUUAAACAAAUUUCAAAGCAAAAAUGAACACAAUUACAGUCUUAGCUGCUACUAUACCAGGUGCUGAUUGCAAAUCCUUGGGUUAUAGGUUAGGAGCUAUUGUCAGAUUUAUAUUUGGAGUAUCCUAUCCUAUUUGA